AAUAGUCAUCAGAAAUUUGGCUUUAUGAUACUGUAUGAAGACCAGCCAGAGAAACUCAAGAAAGCAAAGUUUGAGUUCCCUGAAAUGUAGCGUUUAGAGGCCAGGGGGGUGGACGGAAAGUUCCAAUCCUCUCAUCAAUCAUAAGAGGGCCAAGGGCAGGGGGCAACUCCAUGAAAGAUAUGAAACACAAGGUUGCAAACCAGAACAGCUUGCUACUUAAAACCCACCAGCAGCCUGGGAUAGACAUCAAGAUUAUUAAAUAACUUCGAUGAAUUGUCUCAGUAACAUGACGUGAGAAAAUCUUUAUGAGGUCACAGAAACGUUGCUAUUCCUAAAUCACAGCUGAAGAAAUAGAAACUCGGAGAAUGUACCUGAAUUGUCCAAAGCCACCGAGCAAAUAACAGGAAGUCGCGAUUCACGCAAGGGUGUGCCUGACCUUAAGAAUGAGUGAUGUCGUUGCUACUGAGGGGACUGCUGAGGGCAUUUCAACAAAUGAAAUUCAAAGUGCGCAGGUGGAACGAGCAGACGCACCCGAUUUAGCUCAACGUCUACACAGCAAGCUGCGUGAUUUCCUUAAAAAGAAUCUGCAAUCCCUGGGUGUAGCUCAGAUAAUGAUUGGCCUGAAAUGUUUCUUAUUUGGGAUCAUUGAGAUUUUUCUUUACUGCCACUCUGACUUAAGGAAUCUUUUAUUCUGCUUUUAUAUUGGUUACCCGUUCUGGGCUACAGCAUCUUUCAUCAUGUCUGGAUCUUUGACCAUCUCAUGUACAAGAAAACAAACAAAAUUUCUGAUCGAAGUCAGUAUUGGAGCUAACAUUAUCAGCACACUACUUUCAAGCACUGGGAUAAUUCUUCUCUCCGUGAAUUUAGUUGACAUAGUCUUACUUGAAUGCUGGGAGUUACCGGCGUGUUCGUUGGUUAAAUCUUUUAUAACUAAUAUUGUGAUCCUUCAAAUGAUGCUGACUUGUGUGCAGAUUUUUAUUUCGUUCUCACUCUGUGGGCUCACUUAUACCGUGGAUGGCAAGGAGAUCAGCUGGGCUUCUGCACUAAGUUGCUUGAUCAGAUCACAUUCUGAAGAUCCUUAUCAAGACUUACUGACUCAACCUGAAACUUACGAAGAUUUAGUGCUUCAAGACAUAGACCAGGUUCACUCUCAUCCGUGAGACACCAUCGAAACAUUUUUUACCACACCAGGGCAUCUUGGAUCCAUGAUGGCAACCAAAGACAGAUCUGAUAGGAAUCUUCUACAAAUCCCCUGCUCCCCAUGUCUUUUAUUAUGCACUUUCACAUACACAGACACAAUUAGCACGGAUAUGUGCUUAAUUUCACAGGUGACCAGCAAAUACUAAUAUUAGCAUUCCGUGGCCUAAUAGACCUCUUUUCAUUGGGACGGUAUUACCAUUUUUGAGCCAAUUUCAGUUCUUAGGCCUCAGAGAGGAAUUUGUUGUUAGCCACUUACUCCUUCCUAGAAACUGUACUUCCCUCUGGGUUGACAGUUUAUUCAAAUGAAAAAUCUUUGUGCAAAUAGUUUGGGUGAGUAGUGGCAUACCAUCUGACACUGGGUCCAAUCUAAGUUUCUUUGACUGUUGAAUGUACUAGGUCUCCCUUGCUUGUGUCAAGGUGAACUUGACAAAAUGUAAUGCGAUACAAAAUGCACACUCUAAUGUAUGACACAUAGUAAAAAUCUAAUGCAACCUCA